UAAAUUAAUUAAAAAUCAGACAGGCAUUUUGUUAACUUUUAAACUGCAGAAGAUGAAGGUCAGAGUAUGGGGCAAGAAACACCCAAAGGAAAGAUGCGCCGCCUCAAAGGACCCUUUCUUUUCAUCGUUUUGUCUGUUACUUUCAAUUCCCCGGAAGCGACGCCUGUUGAGAGACUUCUCUCGUUGGCUGACGAUUUAUCUGAUGGGACUCCCAGCAGACAAGAGUGGCUCUUACCCAUCGUCUCACGAAGUAGCGGCUUCUUGGGAAUUAACAGUGCACUGCUCGGAGAAGAAGCAAUAAAGCCCAAAAGCCACCACUUGGAGAAACGAAAGUGCAACACUGCCACAUGCGUGACGCAACGCUUGGCUGACUUCUUGGUCCGGUCCAGCAAUACCAUUGGUGCUAUCUAUUCCCCUACCAACGUGGGAUCCAACACGUACGGCAAGAGAGACAAAGAACCUCCAAACUAUCUACAGCUUUAA